UUUAUUUUAUUUACAGUUGUAGUACUAAUAUUUCCUGAGCCAGCAUAUAAAGGACCAGAAGAUAUAACUUAUUUCAAAGAAGAACCAUUCUUUGAGGAGUUGGAGAACAACCCACGCACCACAUGGUUGAUAGAAUGCUAUGCAGCUUGGUCUCCUAGUUGUCAGCGAUUCGCUUCAAUAUUUGCAGGUCUCUCAUUAAAUUAUUCUCAUUCUCAUUUCAAGUUUGGCAAACUAGAUGUUGGAACCAAUGAAAAACUUGCACAAAGGUAAGAUUUUUCAAAAUUGAGUGAAACAAAGAAAAUGUAACUGUAAGAAUAAGAGUUAAACUACUAUCUACUGAAUUACUGUUCUGAUGCUCUU